GCAGUAGCUAACAGCGGCGAGGCAAGGCGCGGCGAGGAGAGACGAGACGAGGCGAAUGCUCGCGCGAGGCGAGAGUGGCGCAAUGGUAGCUGUUGCUAGUAUUACUGGUGUUCGUUGCGGCGGAUCGGGCAAAAAUUACGAAUAAAGGGCGUGUAAGAUGCACCAGUGCCGGGGCGCUCGGACUCUCGGCACGGCCUCGGACACGGAGACGCUGCCAGGGAUGACGAGCGUGGCGAGGUGCGCGAGGCGCAGCGCGAAGGUACUCUCAAGAGUGGCUGCUUAGCUGCCGUCGUCGUCGCGUAGUAGUCGUCGUAUCGUGCAUCGGGCUGCCAAUGUUAGACGGGGAUGCCCGCGCUCUGAGAAACAGACGAGCCUGUCAACCUGCUGUGGCUCCUGACGAUGCUAUUUGCUAGUGACACGAACUCUCCGUGGCGCGUCUUCUAGGUAGUGCUGUAGAGCGUGUGCGUGUGCGUGUGUGGUACUCGAGACCACGGUGAAAUGUUCGCCUCGCCGGCGUCGGUGGUGGGCGGCGAGCCAUCGGGCUACGACUUUCAGAAAGAGGAGAAUGCUGCCAAGUGGAAGGGAGUGUUUGUCAACUCCCUGCGCAAGGUACUAGAGCAAGUACAUCCUAGUCUUCAAGCUCGACAAGAUGCCUUAGACUACGUGGAGAGCUUAAUCUUAAGGAUGCUCGGCAUGCUUUGCGGACACCCACCUCCUCACACCCCUCAAGAUGUAGAAGAAAGAGUGAGACGCACGUUUCCUACUCCUAUUGACAGAUGGGCGCUUCGCGAUGCCAAAGAUGCACUGGAAAAAGGGAAGAAGAAGUCACCGUUAGUUCUACCAGUUGACAAGAUUCAUCAGUUAUUACAAAAAGAAGUAUUACAGCACAAAAUCGAUUCGCAAGUUAGUCUAUUUGUAGUCGGAGUUUUGGAAUAUAUUUCUGCAGAUAUUCUCAAGCUAGCUGGAAAUUAUGUGAAGAAUAUUCGCCAUGUCGAGAUUUCGUGCGAGGACAUACGGGUCGCGAUGUACGCAGAUAUGGUACUGAUGGAUAUGUUCUAUCAAGACGAUUGCACGGAGGGUCCGCAAAGUAGCCUGGGCGCGGUCGUUUCGCAGACUUACGAGGAAUCCGUUCGGGAUCUCAUUCACGAUGAACGGCAUUACAUUCGUGACCUGCACAUGAUCAUCAAGGUAUUUCGCGAGGAAAUCGCGAAAUUAGCGAAAUUACCGCAAGAUAAGAGCGAACUCGAGACACUCUUCAGUAAUAUUAUAGAUAUUUAUGAAGUCACUGUGACAUUACUCGGCAGUUUAGAAGAUAUAAUGGAAAUUACGGAAGAGCAGCAAACGCCCACAGUUGGCUCGUGCUUCGAGGAAUUAGCGGAGGCAGCGGAAUUCGAUGUUUAUAUAAAAUACGCGAGAGACAUUAAUAGCCCCGCUAGUCGGGAAGUUUUAACGAAUUUGUUGUCACGACCAGAAGCUAAUACAGCCCUACGUGCGGCAGGCCAUGGUUUCAAAGAAGCCGUUAAAUAUUAUUUACCGAAACUUCUGUUGCAACCAGUGUGGCAUUGCUUCCUGUAUUUCGAUUAUAUCCAGGUAUUGCACCAGCGCACGCCUAACACAGAGGACGGCGAGACUCUGGAACAAGUGCAGGGUUUGCUCAGACCGCUGCAAAUGGAAUUAUUGCAAUCCGUUGCGAGUCUACCGAAAAAGGACACGGGCUUGCGAAUGCAGAGCAGAGCGAGGAGACAGACGGCGCUAGAGAAGACUAGCGAGUUACAAAAAACUGUGGACGGCUGGGAUCAGAGGGACGUCGGGCAGUGUUGUAAUGAGUUCAUUCGAGAGGAUACCUUGGGAAAAGUAGCUAGCAACGGGCGAAGGGUAACCGAGAGGAAAGCCCUGUUAUUCGACGGCUUGCUGGUACUGUGUAAACAAAGCGGUAGCAAAAGAGUCAGCGUCACCGUUUCCGCGGUCGGGGUGGGACACCCGACGCAUCAGGGAGAAUUGCGACUGAAGGAACGGUUUUUCAUCAGAAAGGUCGACAUUAUCGACAGGGAGGACACCGAAGAGUUAAAAUAUGCCUUUGAAAUCGCACCGAGGGACCACCCGAGUGUUAUUCUCGUCGCAAAGUCCGUCGAAGAUAAGAACAAUUGGAUGGCGGACUUGGUGAUGUUAAAUACGAAAAGUAUGUUGGAGAGAACGUUGGACAGUAUCCUCUCGGACGAGGAGAGGAAGCAUCCGUUAAGAUUACCUCCUGUUCAUCUGUAUAAAUUCGCCGAACAGGACAGCCCUGAGAAUAUCGUCCUGGAGGCCAGGGAGAAUGGCGGCGUUCCUCUGAUCAAAGGGGCGACUUUAAUUAAAUUAGUCGAAAGAUUAACUUACCAUAUUUACGCCGAUCCUGCGUUCGUGAGGACAUUCCUCACCACUUACAGGAGUUUCUGUUCGCCCCAGGAAUUAUUUUCGUUGCUUAUGGAGAGAUUUGAUAUCCCUGAUCCCUCGUUGGUGUACGGUGACGAGGAGAAACCUACCGGUUGCAAGACGACAGCCAGGGAGGACUGGAAGAGGUAUAGGAAAGAAUUUUGCCAGCCGGUGCAGUUCCGGAUCCUGAACGUUCUGAGGCACUGGGUGGAUCAUCAUUUUUACGAUUUCGAGCGUGACAGGAAUCUUCUGGAAAGAUUACAAUCCUUUUUAGAUACAGUAAGUGGUAAGCCUAUGCGGAAGUGGGUUGACUCGGUGGUAAAAAUUGUACAGAGAAAGAGCGAGUCGUCGGAACGACUUAUCACAUUUAGCUUCGAGCGAUCUCCGCCGGCGAUCGAGUGGCAUCUUAAAGUCCCCGAGGAAGACUGGAGUAUACUUACGUUACACCCUAUCGAAUUAGCGAGACAGCUGACGCUCUUGGAGUUCGAACUGUACAGAACGGUGAAGCCUUCCGAAUUAGUCGGCUCCGUUUGGACGAAGAAGGACAAGGAGAAGACGUCGCCGAAUUUGCUGAAAAUGAUCAAGCAUACGACAAAUUUCACGAGGUGGCUAGAAAAGACCAUAGUGGAGGCUGACAAUCUCGAAGAGAGAGUAGCCAUCGUGUCACGUGCAAUUGAAAUAAUGAUGGUGCUGCAAGAUCUCAACAACUUCAACGGUGUUCUGGCGAUCGUCAGCGCUAUGGGAUCAGCUUCGGUGUUUAGGCUAAGGUUUACCUUCCAACAAAUACCGGCACGGCUGGAAAAAGCGCUGGAAGAGGCGCGAGAGCUUAACAGCGAUCAUUUUCGGAAGUAUCAGGAGAAAUUGAGGUCCAUUAAUCCGCCUUGCGUACCAUUCUUCGGUAUGUACUUGACUAAUAUCCUGCACAUCGAGGAGGGGAAUCCCGACUACCUACCGGGAAGUCCAGAGCUUAUCAAUUUCAGCAAACGGCGGAAAGUGGCCGAGAUAACCGGUGAAAUUCAGCAGUACCAGAAUCAACCGUACUGUCUCUCGGUGGAGCAGAGAAUCAGACACUUCAUCGAGAAUCUGUACCCCUUCGACCCCAACAUGAAAGACGAGGAUAUAAACAAUUAUCUGUACAAUAAGAGUUUAGAAAUAGAGCCAAGGGCGUGCAAGCAACCUCCGCGAUUCCCGCGCAAAUGGCCGGACCUGAACUUGAAAACGCCAGGUAUCAAAGUCAGAAGUCUGAGCGGAAGGUUGCCGGCUCCGUUACAAGCGAUGGCGUCCAGCGUAAGGUUACACGAUCCUCCAACGGAGACGCCCGCUCCUCCCGAAUUACCGGAAACAUCGCCGCACGCGACGCAAGUCUCAGCCUCGCUCACCGGGGACCACAGCGUUUCCGCGUCUGUCUCAGGAUCCGGGCUACCUCCGGGAUCACCGGGUCCACCCAGCAUAUUGGCGCUCUCGAUCGCUUCGCCGAGCAGCAGCCCUCAAUUGGGCUCUCCCAAGCACUUCUCCGAUUGCUGCACGAUAGGCAACGUGGGUGUUCUAGCGUCACCGGGCGGGAGUCCCAGCGCGAUGCCGACGUCGCCGAGCAACAUACCGCCUAGCCAACCGCCACCGCCACUACCACCUAGGAUACCUCAUAGAAGACGGGAGAGUUCAAUUAGCGAAUCGCCGCAACAGGCGAGACAAGCGCUGAAUCCGCCGGUUCUGCCUCCGCGAGACAUCUCCCCGCCGCCGUUACCACCGCGACUUCAGCCGUUACCGCCGCGAUUUCAGCCGUCGUCGCUGAGCUCGUGCAACUCGACGUUACUGGCGCGCCGCAAUUCCACGUUGGAAAGCACGGGCUGCACCGUCGUCCACCCGCGCAGACACAUGUCUUUCAAUGGCCCUAGCCCCACGAAGCUUCAGCCGACGCAGCCUAACGGAUCAGUGACACCGAGGUUACCGCCCAAGCCUUUACCGGGGCGUCCGUCAACCACCAUGUUCAAUUUCAACGCCCCACCCGGACCUAGUUAAGUGUUACCUCCCUGGCGGUUCUCUUCUCCCUUUCUUUUCCUUCUUCUUCUUUUUUGUUUUUUAUCUUGUUGACAAAGAAUAGAUCAGUCGAAGUGCUUAGUCCACGCGGCGAGUCGAGUUUGAAUCAUCCCUCGCCGCACGGAUUCGUAGGAGGAGCGUGUGUGUCCCGAUAGAUCGCAUCGAUGGAUCCCCAGAUGUAGACGUAUUGAUGUAUAUUUAUAGCGGCAUUUUGAUAAUAAACGAUAAACGACGGUUUGCAAAGAAACAGCCGUCGUGCAUCAAAAUUGGUGGCGUCGUCCGCUCGCGCACGGCGGGGGACGGUCGUCACUUCACUGGCGCGUUAAAAUAUCGAGGAUGAUAUUGGGCGCGAUGUUGUUGGCGCUUUGUCGAGCGAUCCAUUCGAUACAUUGGCCGCGGUCCAGAGACACACAACGGUUGCGUGAGCGCUCAGUGUCAUUGGAAUGUUCUUUUAAGUCUACCGUGGAUCUGAAAGAACGCCUCAAUCAAAGGCGAUGAUCCACCCAAACGGAGCCGCACAACCGUUGUGUGCCUCCAGACGCUGCUAUUUUUUUAAGGGAUAUACUUGAUCGUUCACUGUUUGUGGCUAGCGGUAGUCUGUGUCCAUUGUUUUAUGAUCCUAUGGACUGGCGACAGUUUCAGUUACCUGAAUGGCUUCCUUCCUUCUCCUCCUUAAAAUCCCUAUCUCUCCCUCAAACACAACUGUGAUAUAGUUUGAACAUGAAAAUAUGUUAAUGUAACUAGACACUUAGAUUUAAAAGAAAAAAAAAAAAAGUGACAGAGACGUAAAGAAAGUGAUGUACCGUGAAGGAAUGGAGUAUGCAUUAAGAGGAAUCAAUACCAAGAACGGAAUAUAAAUAAUAAAGAUUUACAUAUAGAGAGUAAAUAUACAUGUAUAUUAUUAUAAAUAUAUUCUAUAAUAGCGAUUGUAAUAAUAUCAAGGAAAAGAAAUAUGAUAUGUAAAAUAAAAAAAUAUAUUGUGUAGCA